ACCAAUGAGCUCACGCCUCGCGCACAAUGUCUCGCGACAAGGGCGUUUCACUGUCUCGUUUGGGCGCGUUGGGCGGCGUCCGGCUAUAAAAACCUCCGCCCGAGCUGGCAUCCGCCAUUCUGGGGUUCGUUUAGAGGUUUGAGUUUUCUCGGAGAAAGGCCGGCCACGAGGAAAACAGAAACAAGCCGCAGCAACCAUCUUAAGCCCUUGAAAGGAUCCUGAGGGGGGAAAGGGGAAACAGCAGCCACCAGCCCAACCACUUGUGUCUUCUCCCUUCCCACCUGUCUUGCCCACCCCACCAGCCCACGCUGCUUGGGACUUGCAAUCUGCGGCCGAAGGACCGUCACCACAUAACUGCAAAAAAUAAUCAGCCACCCCUCCCCUCCCAAACCCGCUCAGAUCCACUUCAUCCAGCGUUGCCUUUUUUGAAUCCAACUCAGAAUUUUUUUUUCUACGACCCCCCUCCCUCAAUGGAGUUGGGUGGGGGGGGGGGACGAAUACUGAGUCGGCCUUUAUUUUUCUUAUUUUUUAAGAGACUUUUUGAUGCAAUGAGGCCCCCCCAAGUCAUUUGAGUUUUGGGUCCUGGUUGGUUGGUUUUUUUUUCCUCCAAAAUUUCACCCCCUCCCCUCCCCCCCUGAGCCCGAGGUGCUGACGUCGCAAAAAUAUUGGAUAAAACCAACAUCAUGGGCUCAGGUCCCAUAGACCCCAAAGAACUUCUCAAGGGCCUGGAUAGCUUCCUGAGCCGAGAUGGGGAAGUCAAGAGCGUGGAUGGGAUUGCCAAGAUCUUCAGUCUCAUGAAAGAAGCACGAAAGAUGGUGAGUCGAUGCACUUAUUUGAACAUUCUGCUACAGACCCGGUCACCAGAAAUACUGGUCAAAUUCAUUGAUGUCGGUGGCUAUAAGCUUCUUAACAAUUGGCUGACAUAUUCCAAGACAACCAAUAACAUUCCUCUCCUCCAGCAAAUUCUACUGACCCUGCAACACCUGCCGCUCACUGUGGACCACCUCAAGCAGAAUAACACAGCCAAGCUGGUGAAGCAACUGAGCAAGUCAAGUGAGGAUGAAGAGCUCCGGAAGUUGGCCUCCGUCCUUGUCAGUGACUGGAUGGCUGUUAUCCGCUCCCAGAGCAGUGCCCAGCCUGCUGAGAAAGAUAAGAAGAAGCGCAAAGAGGAGGGGAAGACGCGCACCCCGCCUCCGGAGCGGCCUUUGACUGAAGUGAAGGCCGAGACCCGGGCCGAGGAACCACCAGAGAAAAAGAAGGAGAAGCCCAAAUCUCUGCGGACCACAGCCCCCAGUCAUGCCAAGUUCCGGUCCACCGGGCUGGAGCUGGAGACCCCAUCUUUGGUGCCUGUGAAGAAGAAUGCCAGCGCCGUGAUGGUGUCUGACAAAUACAACCUGAAACCCAUCCCCCUGAAGCGGCAGAGCACUACAGCUGCUCCAGGGGAGGCGGUGCCCCCAGCAGAGAAGAAGUAUAAGCCCCUCAACACCACACCCAAUGCCACCAAGGAAAUCAAAGUGAAGAUCAUCCCACCACAGCCUAUGGAGGGGCUGGGCUUUUUGGAUGCUCUCAAUUCAGCUCCUGUUCCUGGCAUCAAAAUUAAAAAGAAGAAGAAGGUGUUGUCGCCUACAGCUGCCAAGCCAAGCCCCUUUGAAGGAAAACCAAGCACAGAACCAAGCACAGCCAAACCUUCUUCCCCAGAGCCAGCUCCUCCUGAGGCAAUGGACACGGAGCGUCCAGGGACUCCCGUGCCCCCCGUGGAAGUCCCUGAGCUCAUGGAUACAGCCUCCUUGGAGCCAGGAGCCCUCGAUGCCAAGCCUGUGGAGAGUCCCGGUGACCCUGGCCAGCUGACACGCAAAGGCAGGAAGAGGAAAAGUGUAACAUGGCCUGAGGAGGGCAAGCUGAGAGAGUACUUCUACUUUGAACUGGAUGAGACAGAACGAGUGAAUGUGAAUAAGAUCAAGGACUUUGGAGAGGCGGCUAAGCGGGAGAUACUGUCGGACCGACAUGCGUUCGAGACAGCCCGACGGCUGAGCCAUGACAACAUGGAGGAGAAGGUGCCCUGGGUGUGUCCCCGGCCCCUGGUUCUGCCCUCACCUCUUGUCACCCCUGGAAGCAACAGUCAGGAGCGCUACAUCCAGGCUGAGCGGGAGAAGGGCAUCCUUCAGGAACUCUUCCUGAACAAGGAGAGUCCUCACGAGCCUGAUCCUGAGCCCUACGAACCCAUCCCUCCCAAACUCAUCCCUCUGGAUGAGGAGUGUUCCAUGGAUGAGACCGCAUAUAUGGAGACCCUGGAGCCUGGAGUGUCGGGUGGCUCACCUGAUGGGGCAGGUGGCUCUAAGUUACCCCCCGUGCUGGCUAAUCUCAUGGGCAGCAUGGGUGCUGGCAAGAGCCCCCAGGGCCCCGGAGGAGGCGGCAUCAAUGUCCAGGAGAUCCUCACCUCUAUUAUGGCUAGCCCAAACAGCCAUCCUUCAGAGGAACUGCUGAAGCAGCCAGACUACUCUGAUAAGAUCAAGCAGAUGCUAGUGCCACAUGGACUCCUGGGUCCUAGUCCAAUAGCCAAUGGUUUCCCUCCAGGCGGCCCUGGGGGCCCCAAGGGCAUGCAGCACUACCCCCCCGGGCCUGGUGGGCCCAUGCCAGGUCCCCAUGGAGGCCCUGGUGGGCCAGUGGGUCCACGUCUCCUCGGUCCCCCACCCCCUCCCCGGGGUGGUGAUCCUUUCUGGGAUGGCCCAGGUGACCCCAUGAGAGGCGGCCCGAUGAGAGGGGGUCCAGGACCAGGUCCUGGGCCGUACCAUAGAGGCCGAGGUGGCCGAGGAGGAAAUGAACCCCCUCCCCCUCCUCCUCCGUUCCGCGGGGCCAGAGGUGGUCGCUCUGGAGGAGGACCCCCAAAUGGACGAGGUGGCCCUGGUGGGGGCAUGGUUGGAGGUGGUGGCCAUCGUCCCCAUGAUGGACCUGGUGGGGGCAUGGGGAGUGGCAGUGGCCACCGUCCCCACGAGGGCCCUGGAAUGGGCAGUGGCCAUCGUCCCCAUGAAAUCCCUGGCGGCGGCAUGGGUGGUGGCAGCGGACAUCGUCCCCACGACGGCCCCGGUGGGGGCAUGGGCGGUGGUGGUGGCCACCGUCCCCACGACGGCCCUGGUGGGAGCAUGGGUGGAAGUAGUGGACAUCGCCCUCAUGAAGGCCCUGGACACGGGGGGCCACAUGGCCACCGGCCUCAUGAUGUCCCUGGUCACCGAAGCCACGACCAUCGAGGUCCACCUUCUCAUGAGCACCGUGGCCACGAUGGCCCUGGCCAUGGGGGAGGGGGUCACCGAGGGCAUGACGGAGGCCACAGUCAUGGAGGAGACAUGUCCAACCGCCCUGUCUGCCGACAUUUUAUGAUGAAAGGCAACUGCCGCUAUGAGAACAACUGUGCCUUCUACCAUCCCGGUGUCAAUGGGCCACCCCUGCCCUAGGGACCACCUGCCCGCCCCCUCGCGCCCCUGUGGAUUGCAGCCUUGCUCCUUCCACCUGGUUAUGGCUUCUGUGAGGCCCGUUUUCCCCAUUCCCCAGCUGAUGAGCCGGCCCCUUCAGUUCCCACUGAUUGGGUUCCUGGGGGGUUCCUGAUCACUGGUGCGCAUUGAUGUACAUAUUUUCCUCCAGUCUGGGGAGGAGAGAGACUGGACCCAUUCUGUACCCAGGACUGCUGAAGAGGAGACCCCGUUGGCUUCACUUUUUGAGGCGAUUCAUCCUGUGCCCUAAACCCCUUUCCAGUAUGACCCUGACGCCUUGAGGACCUAAAGCUGGUUACCCUGGAGACACCUGCUCCCCUGUCGGUCCCCUCCACAUGCACACAGAACUCUGGCAUGGCAUCAGCUGCACUUAGGAAGGCAUCCCAGCCAAGUCCGUGGUUUGUCCUGGGGUGGGAGAUGGUGAAGGGGUAUGAUAUAUCCCACUGCACUGAGAGGGCUCAGGCUGGGUUUGAGUUCUGGACCACACCGUUCCCACCCCUCGCCUGACAUGGACUCUGCAUCCACAACCCUUUCGCAAGUAAGACUUUGCCAUCCUGCGUCCCACCCACUUCUGCGUCACGAGUCUGCUGGGUUCGAUGAUGGCAACUUCGUGUCCGCCACAUCCGUUGCCGAUCUUAGUCGCUCAUGUAGGCUAGCAGCCUUGGGCUGCCUUUGCCUACAGCCAUGCUGGGAACGUGGCUGAGACACUGCAAUGAGACCAGCUUUCCAUCAACUGGAGCCCAGCACGCUGGGCCUGACAGUCACACUACAUGCACUGCCUUGGGGAGCUAAGCUUGCUCCUCGCCCCCACUUGGAACCUUGUCAGUGUGGGGCUUCAGCCACCUCUGGGUCCCUCCCACGGGCCGCCCUGGAUGGGUUCAAUAAGAUGAUUUUUGCCCUUUCCAGUCCUCUCCUUCACCCGUCUCGGCAUCAGUUGUUUUCUAUGAAAACAGUGGAUUGGUUGGGUUUUGUGCAGGGUCUUGGGUUAGAGCCACAAUGGAUUUGAGGAUAAGUUUUUUUCUUUUGGUUUUGUAUAUUUUGUACAUUAAUAAUAAACAGUGGAAAGUGAAGCAGCUUA